AUGACUCCCAAUACGGCAUCGUCUAGCGCCGCAGCUAACGGAUCCGCAGAUUCGUCCGGCGCCCGGAGAAAUUCCAAGCGACCCAAGUAUUCAAAAUUUACACAGCAGGAGCUUCCAGCUUGCAAGCCAAUUCUUACACCUGGUUGGGUGAUUUUGACAUUCUUGGUCAUUAGUGUUAUCUUCAUCCCACUAGGAGUUGUUUCUCUUUUCGCUUCCCAGGACGUUGUUGAGAUAGUUGAUCGAUAUGAUAAUGCCUGCAUACCGGAGCUUGAUAGGGCUAACAAAGUUGCAUACAUUCAAGGAGCUGCAGAUAAAUCUUGUACCCGGACAAUAAUUGUUCCUAAGCGUAUGAAGCAGCCUAUCUACGUCUAUUACCAGCUUGAGAACUUCUACCAGAAUCACCGCAGGUAUGUGAAAAGCCGAAGUGAUGCGCAGUUGAGAAAUGUGGGAGAUGAGCGUCAAAUAGGCGCAUGCAAGCCUGAGGAUGAUGUUGGUGGGCAGCCGAUUGUGCCGUGUGGUCUAAUAGCUUGGAGUCUCUUUAAUGACACAUACGCUCUGUCAAGAAACAACCAGACUCUAGUUGUAAACAAGACAGGAAUUGCGUGGAAGAGUGACAGGGAAAACAAGUUUGGGAAGAAUGUAUUCCCCAAGAACUUUCAGACUGGUAAUCUCACCGGUGGUGCCAAGCUAGAUCCAAAUAAAUCGCUGAGUGAGCAAGAGGAUCUUAUUGUGUGGAUGAGGACUGCAGCUUUGCCAACAUUUAGGAAACUGUAUGGGAAGAUAGAGCGUGACCUGGAGCAGGGUGAUACCAUAACCGUGAACCUGAAGAACAACUACAACACGUACAGUUUCAGUGGGAAGAAGAAGCUUGUUCUGUCAACAACUAGUUGGCUCGGUGGGAAGAACGAGUUCCUCGGCAUUGCUUACCUCACAAUUGGAGGAAUCUGUUUCUUCUUGGCACUUGCAUUUACUAUCAUGUAUCUUGUGAAACCUAGGCGACUUGGAGAUCCUACUUACUUGUCUUGGAACAGAAUUCCCGGAGGAGGUCGGUAA